CAAAGCCGCCACGAUGUUGUGAAUGAGGGGAUGGAGUGACGUCACCGGCCGAAUGUCAACAAUGUAGCGGCAGAGAGUAGGCGUUCCAGUCGAGUGUAACAAACAGCGGAGACGGAGCGGCACGCCGCGCUGCCUCACCACGCACGCUUCACACACACGCACGCACAGACACACGCGAACGUGCACGCGCGGGCCGUCGUACACGCAGAGGCAACAACAGAUCGUGGAGUCACACAGACGUUGUUUUUUCAUAGAAGAAAUCACCUAAAUCUGCUUCCCGGGAGGCUUUGAGGAAGCAACAAAGCGGGUCAUCAUGUGAAAGAACUUGUGUGGGAAAGGGACAAAAGCGCUGGGAUACGAGCAGAAUAGGAAGUAAAAAAGGACUGCCCCCACCCCUCCUCACCGCCCCCGUGGACCAGUCAUGUACCUGCGUCUUACUGACUGACAGUGAUGUCAAUGUGUCAGUGUACCCAGGAUAAAUGAUCACUAAUCGCCAUCCGAGGAUGAAGGACAAGUCUGGCGUGAGCGGAAUGUCCGUGGAUGAGAAGCCUGAAGCCCCCAUGUAUGUGUAUGAGUCGACAGUUCAUUGUGCCAAUAUCCUCCUCUGCCUCAACGACCAGCGGAAGCAGGACAUCCUGUGCGAUGUGACCGUCCUGGUGGAGGGCAAGGAGUUCCGCGGGCACCGGUCCGUGCUGGCCGCCUGCAGCGAGUACUUCCUCCAGGCGCUGGUGGGCCAGGCGGAGAAUGGGCUGGCCGUCAGCCUUCCGGAAGAGGUCACUGCCAGGGGAUUCGCUCCAUUGUUGCAGUUUGCCUACACCGCUAAGCUGUUACUCAGCAGAGAAAACAUCCAGGAGGUCAUCCGCUGUGCCGAAUUCCUGCGCAUGCACAACCUGGAGGACUCCUGCUUUCGCUUCCUGGAAGCUCAGCUGCGCAGCGAGGAGGACAGCGUGCUGCUCUGCCACAAGGUGGCGACGGAGGCGAACAACUCUGAGGACGAGAGCAUGCAGUCGGAGGCGGAGAGGCCCGCCUCCCCGAAGGCGAGGCGCUGUGCCGACGCCAUCACCUCCUUUGGGCACCCCGACGACGAGCGGCUAGCCAUCGCCAUUCCCAGCAGCUUCACGGACGGCCGGCUGGACUUUGAUCGACACGGAGCGUCAGACCUGCCCCGAUGCCCCAAGUACAGGAAAUACCAGUGGGCCUGCAACAAGCACAAUAAUGACAACUCCUCACACACCAGUACCUCAGGUUUUCCAAGCACAUUAAAGGAGAGCAGUGUUAGCUCUGGGUCAGCUCCGGGUCAGGGUAGGCUGCCUUUGGCACAGAUCAAAGUGGAAUCGCAGGCGGAGGGAGAGGCCGUCUCAUUGUGCCUGUCAGGGGAUGGGCAGGAAGUCAGGGAUAAAGACGGCGAGACGGCCAUGGAGAUGGACAGCCCCGUAUCUGUGGAAAAAAACAAGAGAACCAAGUCCCCUUCCUGCCUCCGAGCCUUCUUCAAGAAAGGGGCGGACCUGCCCAGUCUGCCCGACGCAUCACAGCAGCUAUUCGCCAACAGACUUGCCUGCCCCCAGGACAAUGGAAACUCUCAGGAAGAUCACAAAAAAGACUUCAUGCCUUUCACUGGGGAGCUGUGUCUGUCCGUGACAUCCCCAAAGGACAUGAACGAUUUCCCUGCAGGGUUGUCCCUCAAGUCCGCCUCCUGCGACGGGGUGUGCAAACAGGAAGCUGAGCUUGAUCGCCGUAGUGUCAUAUUUUCCUCAGGGGCCUGCGACCGACUGGGAACCCCAGCACAUUCCUACCCCGGUGGGAACACUUUGGAGAUGGAGCUCUCUGAGCACAUGGCAAAGGGCCUGUGGGCGGGGGCCAGCCAGUCCCUCCCCACCUCCCAGACCUAUCCUCCCACCACCGCCUCCACCGAGCCCCCGCUCUUGUGCCGUCCACGACCCAACACCAGCUGCCCAGUGCCAAUCAAAGUGUGCCCGCGCUCGCCGCCCUGUGAGACGCGCACCAGGACUUCCAGCUCCUGCUCUUCGUACUCCUACGCGGAGGACGGCAGCGGGGGAUCCCCCUGCAGCCUGCCCCAGUUCGAGUUCUCCUCCUCGCCGUGCUCCAACGUGGCGCGCUGCCUCAACGUGGACCAGCAGGAGCAGAGCGUGGCCGGGGACGGCCUUUACAACCAGGUGCGGCCCAAGAUCAAAUGUGAGCAGUCCUACGGCACCAACUCCAGCGACGAGUCGGGCUCCUUCUCAGAGGGGGACAGCGAGUCCUGCAACGUGCAAGACCGGGGACCAGAGGUGAAGCUCCCUUUUCCCGUCGAUCAAAUCACGAAUCUUCCACGGAACGACUUCCAGAUGUUGGUAAAAAUGCACAAACUGACCUCGGAGCAGCUGGAGUUCAUCCACGACGUGCGCCGACGGAGCAAGAACCGCAUCGCGGCGCAGCGCUGCCGCAAGAGGAAGCUCGACUGCAUCAUGAACCUGGAGUGCGAGAUCAGGAAACUGGUGUGCGAGAAGGAGAAGCUGCUGACCGAGAGGAACCAGCUGAAGGCGUGCAUGGGUGAGCUGUGGGAGAACUUCUCCUGCCUGUCGCAGGAGGUGUGCCGGGACGUCCAGCUGAGCCCCGAGCAGGUCCAGUCCCUGCACCACUACUGCCCCGUGCUGCGGCCCGGCCACGAGGCCAAGCCCGCCAACGCCGCCACCAACAACUCCCCCGCCGCCGCCGCCAACAACAACGCCGCGAGCAUCGACCUCACCGGCCGCUCGGCCUCGGCCACGCCGGAGCCCGGCCUGCACGGGUCGCCCGGCGGCCCCCCGGAGGGCGAGCCCGACCCGAGCGCCAGGAACGGGGCGGUCGACGGGGACGACGCCGGCCUGUUCACAAAGUCGGGGCUGUCCGUGGGAAAAUCCAACCAGGCGGUGACGGUGGAUUUUUGCCAGGAAAUGACUGACAAAUGCACAACUGACGAGCAGCCAAGGACGGACUAAGUAGCGGCGGUUCUCCGUGUCGUUGUACGUCUAUAUAUAUAUAUAUAUUUUAUAUUAUUAUUUAAGUUUACUCUGACAAACCCCCCCCCUCUCUCUUUCUCGGGGGUUGCUGAAACAGCCUCUGCCAGUGUUCACUGAAAAAAAAAAAACAAGCUUUGUUUUUUAUUUAUGUCUUUUUGUGCUGUCUUUUUUUUUUUUUUUUUCUUUUUUUUCACACAACGGUCGACACUAAAGUUGUCUUAACAGCAGCAAUACUGUUCUCCAGGUAUUCUCCUCUUACCAUGACGGAGUGGGAACUUCUCACCAAAACACGUACAAUGGUGCUAUUCUCGCCCCCUGCGCAGCGGGGGGACCUCGCUCUGCGCGAGUCACAACUCAAAGUCAAACCUCAUCGGACCUAAACAGCAGCUCUCUUUGUGUUUCUAUUGUGUACCGACAGUAUCUCUGCUCCUGCCUUCUCUCUUUCACCUCUAACAUCCCCCCCCCUGUCCUCCCCCUCCCCUCCCCUCUCCCUCCCACUCGAUCUUCUCUACCUCUCCCUGUCUCGAUUCUAUCUCUCUCUCUCUCUCUUGGUUUCUACUUUCGCUAUAUCUCAGUGGCCCUUUUCGUCACAGCAAUUCAAACUCAGGAAAAAGCAGCAACAACAACAACGACGACGAAAAAACAAAAAUGAAUGGAAUCCUUUGAAUGUUCAACCUAAUUCAUGUAACAUGAGAACUCAGCUUCUGCACACACACACACACACACACACACACAGAUCCAGAUGCAGCCAGACGGUAUAAUAUUCAUAUGCAAAAAACAAAACAGAAAACAAAUACACAAAAAGCUCUCCACGUGUCUGGCAUUUGUAUUUUGGCGCGGGGAGAACUUUGUACAGGCUGAAACCGAAAACAUUCCUCCUUUGCCUUCCUCAGCACUGAAUUGAAAGGAAAAAGGCUUUCUUUUUGUUUGUUUUUUUUGCAGACGGUUUAAUGGCAAUUUUUUUACUAGCCACUCAUCAGCAAUACCAUUGUAUUUGGAUGUUGUACCGGUGACUUUCAAGUGCUUAAUGGGCAGAAAUGUACAUAGUAUGGAGCAUGAUGACUGUAACAGUGGUUUUGUACAGAUAGAAGCUCAGAUGUUUCUUUGAUUUUUUUUUGUUUUUGUUCCACGGGGUUUUAUCGAGCACCUUUUUCUUUUUUUUGGGGGGGGGGGGGGGGGGGGCGAGAAUUGUUGCUUCUUUGCUGUUUCCUGUCCUGCCUAACGAACGGCCCCACCCAUCAAGGCGGGCGUUCUAAUACUCAGGAAACCGACCACACACUCAUACAAAACACACACGUGCAGCACACACAGACACACCCGUCAACACGUGUACAUUCUGGAGCCCCCUGCAUGUUUAAGAGUGUGACAUUCAAGACUCUUCUUUAAAUGUGAAAAAAAACAGAGUUCUGCCUUGUGUUGUUUGGACAAAAUUGUCAUUUUGUCAGUAUUUCAAUACGCUAUUUGUGUUUACACUCUUGGAAGAAAAGCGCAGCCAACCUAUAAGUGAGGGGUGCUUUCACAAUUACGUCCCGAAAAAAAAAAUGAGCAUAAAAUAUUGAUUUAUUAAAUGAGGCACUUUGUUUUUCCGGGGGCCCCCCGAGCGCUCAGAGCCAUUUAGCACUUCAACAGGGCGUCUUCGUCCUUGUGUCGGACCCCUUAAAAAGUCUCAGACUGGAGCACUUACAUUGGCAAUUCGAGGAAGAAACGUCUCGUGGAUAUUACAUAAAAAUGUCUCUUAUGUAGUGACCGUGUUCUGAAACCCUAAACGUCAAAAGAAGCUAAUGUUUCAGUGUAAGAGUGUUCACAUCUUAUACUUGUCUUUCUUUAGGAAUUGAAUAAGCUAACUCGGAUGUAAUUUGACGUGGAAGCAGUGUAUGUGUUGUCCGAAUGAUUGAGUAACAAUCAUAUUACGAUUUUUUUUUUUGCCCUAACUGUGCAUUUGUUUGAGCAUCGGCCAGUGUGACGUGCAUGCAUGAUGCCUGUAGCCGUAGGCCUAGUUAGUUGCUCUGGUUCAUGCCACGUAAGCUCCUUCCGGACUUUUCUUUUCUUCUUUUGAUGAAUUUCUAUGUAUAAACAGGCAAGACAAGCGGAAUCAAUUAAGCCUUGCGGGCUUCCGUUUGAGAACAGAAGCUAAUAUGGCUGCUUUGCUAGCAUCUGUACAUCUGGGUCAUCUCAUUGUCAUGUUUUCUUUACUCUCUUUCUGAAAAAAUAGAGAGAUGUGAUUUUGAAGUUUACUUUACUGUACACGGGGGCAUGACGAAUACAUGGCACAAAAGAUACCAGCCAAAUUGUCGGCCAAAUAAUUCAGGAAUUGGGGCUAUAUAUAGUCUGAAUGAAAGGUUUGGAAUUGUUUUCCCCUUGACUUUAAUUAAUGUUUAACUUUAAAGAUGUGGUUUCAAUUUUGACGUCUCGUGUGAGACUGAUUCUGUUAUGCAGCCGAAAGGACUAAGUAUAUUUUUAAAUUCUUAAACGACAGGUAAAAAGACCCAUACAGCACACACACACACACACAGAGGUAUUCAUACAACCCACUCACACACAGUACACAGCGCAGAGCAGUAGCUGUUCUACAUUGACCGGUGGGGUUUUUUCUGUGUGAAGAUCCAAGUUCUUGCCAAAAAACUAAAGUGGAUCGAUCUACACCACGGAAGCGUUUUUUCUGCACACGUUAUGCAACUAUUUUUUCUAUUUGCGUACAUUUUCAUACUCUUGAUGGUGAAUCGAGGAAGACGAAUGUGUGUUGUAGCAAAGCUCUUGCCCCUGGGUGUCUCCCAAGAUUUCCUGACAAUACCACGACGACCAUGUUCUUAUUGUUGCAUAUAUCAUCAUUUCUCCUAAAGCUAUGGAAUGUUGUUAAUUUACCAUAACAAACCCUUUGCAUACCUGCAGAGCAAUGAAGGUGGGAUACUCGGGAGGGCUCUUUAAUCGCUCUGUGCACUCAGAAGAGCUUUUCGUCUAGAGCUCUAAGCUCUCCGAGUCCUGCGUUGCAUGCUUCAACACCGACUAGGUCAGAGUGCCCUGAAGAGGCCUCCCUUUACGACAUGUUGUUAAAAAAGGGUCAGUUCAGGGUGAAGAAAUAAAAGCUCUCACCUACGUCUUGUGCCGUCUAGUCAUGCGGGGAGUUUGGCUUUUAUUUGGUACAGGUGUAUUGCCCAUAACAGAGCGAAGGGAUUUCCUUUGAAAAGCUCACAUCUCAGAAGAAGAAAUUCUCUAUUUUUUACAAAAUAUACAAAAGUGGAGUCCUGAUACUUUGGAUCACAUUGCUGUGAACGGACUAUUUUUUUUGUCAGGCAAUUUGAAAACUUUCGUUAAUAGAACCAACCCCAUAUGCAUGGCUAGAUAGCAAUAAAAGUUGAGAUGAUAUGGUGUUUUUUCAUUAUCAUUUAGGGUGAACCGAUCCUUCGGAGACUUUUGGGACUGUUUAAGUUGAGCAAAACUGCCCUUAAAAAAUAACUUGUUAGCAUUACUUAAAGCUGCAUUAAUUGAUUUUUUCGAGGGGACGGAGAGGAGCACUUUGAACAAGAUCUGCUCUUCCUUUAGCUUUGUUUUGGUCUCCACCAACUCCUGAGAAAAAUAUUGAUGCCGGUAGAAAACAACGGAAGAGGCCGAACAGCUCUGCAGAAAUGAGCAGUUGGUUGCUGUGGGCAACCUGUUUCUUUCAAUACAAAUAUUGAUUAGUGCAGCUUUGAAAUGAUGCAACAGUACUAACACCUGAAAUGUCGUCCUCCAGGUUCCUUUUUUGGUUAUAGCCAUUACAGCAGAUUGCAGUUGCUGUAAUAGAAUGCACGUACCUUUUUGCAGUGUAUUUGUCUGUUAAACUUUUGUUGCUGCUGCUUCUCUGAAACAAAAACACUGGCUUUUCAACUCCAAAGGUUGUUCUAUUAUAUAAUAUGAACAAAAACAUGCCUUCUUUCACAGAUUGCUCAACUGUAUCAAAAAGAAGAAGAUCCGCCAUCUUGGUUAAAUGCGGAGCCUGAGAUCAUCGAGUAAACUUUAAAAAAAACAGGAAAAUGUUUACAAAUAGGUGUCAUUUCAUGUUAAAUACAUUUUUGUUCCAUUUAAAAAUUGCUCGGUUAAAUUGAACUGGUUCUUGGUUGUUGUGUUUAGAGACAGACAAGCUCUCGGGAUUGGGCCAGCAUUAUUUGGAUACAAGUGCACCUCCGAUAUUUGCCUUAGAACUUGCAGAGGCCAUAGUUCACAUUCAAGUGAAGUGAGUGUAUGCAGGGGCCUGGGCCCCCAUCCCCAAGUCACCAGUGCGGACUUUCUCACACUUAUCUACCUGUGAAAUCCUUCAUACCUCUCAUAACUGGUCAAUGACUGUAUCAGCAAACUGCAUCAGGUGUUUUUUCUACAUGCUUUUUACACAGAUUAUAUGGAUUAUUGUAUUAGUAGUUUUUGGUGCUUCUUUUUUUAAUGUAAUAGCUCUUAAAAGCUCGUAGUUCAAGUGGUUGUUUUUUUUUUCUUUCAUUUUUCUAGCUGACUGUUUUGUGUUAAUAUUGUCAAUUUGAAAUAGCUGUUAUUUGCUUAUUCUCUACUAAGAGUUCUUACCUUUAUCAUUUUAAAUGCUACAUGACCCUAAUUAAUUAAAUGACUUAACAACCAUUGUAAAUACGGUAUUGUGCAAACCCCAUUUUCAUGAAUUUCAAUUGCUAGUGUUAUAUAAAUGACUUUUUUGUCUAGACACCAUUUCUCUUUAUGAAAUAAAGAAACAAUGCAUAUCA